UAAACAUGUGAUCUCUGUGUUUUUCGCUGCCGCCAGUCAAAAAUAUGAAAGGUACUGACUGAUUAGGUUUGAUUGACGGCAGCGAAGAACCAGCGUGCAGCUCGCAGACACAGAGUUCGUAUGUUUAUAAAAAUUGAAGUAACGGAUACCCGCUGUUUUUCACUCGUACCAAAUUAAGUUUUCACAGUUAAAAAAAAUCAUACAGUAAUUGAAAUGUGAGAAAAUAAUUCUUUAGUUAUAUCCUAAAACUUUGUAGGAUAGCGUUGAUUUGAUAACUCAUUAUCUCAGGAGGAUAUGGCUUUACUAUUAAUCAUAGCAAUAUAAUAAAUGUAACAAACUGUCAAAAACUACUACCGUUUGCGUUCGACCAUGAAGCGUGACCAAUUUUUCGCGCAGGUUUACUUUUCAAACGUGACAGUUUCCCAGACAUCUGUCUCCACUAGUCCAAUGAAAAUGUCGCGUUUACACCAUGAAACUUGGCGGGUUUGUCACACAGACGUUGCGCCUUUGCUUCACAUAGUUUGCACGUUUACAGAUAUUUCGAGACAGUUUGUCAGGUUUGUAGGGCAAGUAUGGAUGCAUUUCGUGUAAACAGAUUUGGACGAACAUAUCGAACUGGAGUUGCACUGGAUCAAGAUAUGAGAACAAUGAUAAUAGAUAGAAUUUUACAGGAAGGUGGCGAUCGAGCGACUGGAUAUAUUCCAAGAUCACUUCGAUAUUUUUCCGAGGAACUGCAGCUUUCCUACAACACUGUAGCAAAGAUUUGGAGGCAAUUUUGCGAGGAAUUCUCGAUUGAUUCUCGACCCAAGGGCGGCACAAAGUGGAGCAAAUUAUCAGAGGACGACUUGGAACUUAUCGAACUUUUGAAAAUCGAAAAACCGUCUAUUUCACUUGCAGAAAUAAUAACUUGCCUCGACGAAAUGGACGGUGUAGACGUGUCAAUGGCUGCUGUUUCGAGAGCAAUCAAGCAGAGACUACCUUCGGGCCCUUACACGAGAAAAAAAAUUACGAAGAUCGCUAGUGAGCGUUUUACAGCUACAAACAUAUUUUAUACACAACUUUUCAUCAAUUACUUAGCAACGAAAGAUCCUAGACGGCUGAAAUUCUUUGAUGAAUCAGGUAUAAAGUUACCAGAUGUGGGAACUAGAUUAUACGGACAUAGCUCCGCGGGAACUCGCUGCGUGGAAGUUACGAGGAAAGCAGAAUCGCCUAAUACAACCCUCAACAUGUUAGUAUCGUUGAAUGGACCUGAAUACUAUAACCUGAUUGACGGUGCGACCAAUACUUUGCAUUUUUUGGAGUUUUUCGAGGAGGCUGGGAACUGCGUGAAUUUGCAGUUUGGGCGUCCUUGUUUACAAGUUGGCGAUAUAAUAGUCAUAGACAAUUUGUCGGCCAUCAUUUCGAAGGGGGAGAAAUUCUAGAAGACUGGCUAGGAGAAAUGGGAAUAGAACUAUUGUAUUUGCCAACCUAUUCACCUGACUUAAACCCAAUCGAGCUUUGUUUUAACAAGGUGAAAACUUUGCUAAAUGGGGAACUUCAAAGCCUCACGUACACAAAUACAAAGCUUGCGUUAAUGGAGGCAGUUGAAAGAAUAACAAACCAAGACAUGGCUGGAUUCUAUAAGGCCACUUCUUAUUUGUUUGUAAAAACUUUAUUCCCAAGGCAUUAGACUUCUCGUUUUUUUUUGGGUUGAUUCAAAAAGCUAUAUAAACUGAUUGACUUCUUGUCAGAAAAGGUCAGAGAAAACGUUGUCAACAUUGAAUCAAUUUCUUUUUAAUAAAAAUACAACUCAAUUUUUUUUCAAUAAAAUACAACUUUGGUUUUUAUCUUCAAACUUGAAACCCAACAUAAUACGUUUAUAUAGAGGGAGCUUAAUUUCAAAAUCUUUUACAAUUUCAGAUCACGCACAACUGGAUAACAUAUUCAAGUAAAGCAAACGUUUUAUAUGCAGACAAAACUUCAGACCGGUGACAAGUUUAUAGUCCCGAUUAAGUGUUUUCCAUAGAUUCCUUUCUUUGGCUCAAACUUAACAGUAGAUUGGCCGCGGUUUCUGCUGCUGAGAGAUCCGUUUGUGAUUCCGGCAAAGAGGGGCAAUCAGCGGUAGAAGUUGGAUUUGUGUUCGCACAGGUUGAUGUGUAUGUUGAAGUAGGACGACUUGUCAAUUCGGUCGUUUCCGUGGGACUUGAUUCAUAGCUAAAACUUGGCACGCAAGAGCUCAUUCUGGCCAUUUCAUAAUUGUAAAAUGGAAUGCCCAUCGGUGAAUAUCCAAGUACAGGGGGAAGUACACGGUUUUUUUCAAAGGAAGGGAAAAUACCUUGAGAACUUUCUUCGUAAUUCUGGCGCAGACUUUCCCGCAUGACAAUCGCAAGCUGCUCUGCCUCUUCUCUUUGGUUUUUCGGUGCAGUGUAUAAAAGUGGGGGAGGUUCGCUGAUUUGUUCCACGUCAGAAAUAUUAUCUAGUGAACUGAAUCGUGGAAACUUGAUUCCGUGUCUUUCUAAUGUAGAUUUAGCUGGGUUAUCUUCGCGCCUUUUCUGCUUAGGCCUUGACAUACUGGUAUUGCUAAGUUCGUCACACGAGUCAAGCGCUCUUUGUAGAACCGCAGUGAUAUCCUUUUUUGCCGGUAUUUUGCCUCUAAAAUGUUUUUUUGAGUAUUGUUCGACAAGGUACACGUGCUUUCGCAGUAAAGACCAAUUUUUGUUGCCAUUUAGUAAAUAGUCGUCUCGAUUAGCUUCAAACAGGUCUGAUUCUAUUUUAUUCGUUGCUUUCUCUUUCAUUGAUUCUAAAGCAAUUGUUUUAUUAUCUAAUUCCUUCUUUAACUUGCUUAGUUCAGUUUCAUGUUUUCUAAUUUGGGUGCGUUUUUCAAGUUUAUCUCACCACUGUGAAACUUUUCCUCUCCGCAUUUGAAAACUGACGUGCAACGACCAAACUCACACGUUCGCGCGCUAUGUCCCAAACGCAAGUGGCAGUUCCUGCAAAUGUUCCCAUCACGAGGGUCGGACUUAACCCUAUCUAGUUUUGCUUGUAUUUCUUGUUCCUUGUUUUCAAGGCGACUGAUAAGUUCUUGCUUUUUGGUGAUUUCAUCUUCUGUCUUUUGGAUAUAGCGCUCGACUGGUGUUUUUUCUUUGGUGUUUUCCCGAAUUGGUGCUUGACAGAAUUCUUCCGCGUCAGAUUUGCAUGGUUGUUCUCGGCAUAAAUCAACUUUUUCAUAAUCCUCGUGUUCCAAACUACCUUUUAACUGAAGGGAUCUUCUCGCGUGCGGUUUGUCUUCCGAUGUUCGUAACUGUGAUGCUCGACUGAUUCGAACUUCCUCAACUGAUGGCGACUGAAAUGUAAAUGCUUGAACGCUGAUCGUUUUUCGUUUUGACAGAGCUUCCUUGAGUUGAAAAGAAAAAUAUACUGGAGAUAUGUCAACCUCGUGUUCUUCUUCGUUUAUAGUGAAACGAAGCGGCGCAGUAGACAAGCUUGUAACUUUGCCCAGAUGAGGGACUUCUCGCACAAUACGUUCUUUGAACGCUUGGAAAUCAUACUCCAAAAGCUCAUCUUCAGCUAUAAAAAAUGGAGUAAUUCGCUUGGAGGUGUAAUAAUCAUAUAUCACCUUGACUUGCACUAAAGACAUUUUUAGAUUUUUAAUUCAGUGAUACUAGUACAUAAAUGGAAACAAGAGAAACCUGACAAACUGUCUCGAAAUAUCUGUAAACGUGCAAACUAUGUGAAGCAAAGGCGCAACGUCUGUGUGACAAACCCGCCAAGUUUCAUAGUGUAAACGCGACAUUUUCAUUGGACUAGUGGAGACAGAUGUCUGGGAAACUGUCACGUUUGAAAAGUAAACCUGCGCGAAAAAUUGGUCACGCUUCAUGGUCGAACGCAAACGGUAGUAAUUGUAAAAUAGUAAAUGUAUUAUUAUCCCUGCAUCGUCAUCUUUUUUAGUUUUUGUACAAAGUGAAAAUAAUGGCAAAUAAAAUCACAAAAAUGUA